AUGGUGACGGGCGUCGGGGCCGCCCCUCCCGCUCCUCCCCCCGCCGCUCCUCCCGCGGGUCCUCCGGGGCCCGGCCCGAUUGUGCCCGCCGGCGGGAAGAUGGCGGCGGCGGCGGCGGGGUCGGCGGCGUCCGCGUCGUCUCCGCCUCACCCUCCGCCCGCUCCCGCUCCCCCUCCGCCGCCGUCGGCGGGCUGCUCGGGCUGGUCGGCGCGCUGGGGCUGCCGCCCGGCGGCCGCCGCGUCGUCGUCGUCGUCGCCGCCGUCGUCGGUCCCGGAGUGGUCGGUGGUGCGGGACGGCCGGCUGCGCGGGGACGCCGACGGGCUGCACAGCCUGGCCUACCACCCGGCGCUCAACGCCAUCCUGGCCGUCACCGCCCGCGGGGACAUCCGGGUCAUCGACGGCACCUCCGGGGCCACCCUGCAGGCCUCCAAGCUCGCCGCGAAACCAGGUGGACGAGUAAAAUGUCAGUAUAUUUCUGCGGUGGAUAAAGUGAUCUUUGUGGACGAUUAUGCAGUGGGAUGUAGAAAAGACCUUAAUGGCAUCUUGUUGCUGGACACAGCUCUGCAAACUCCGGUGUCCAAACAGGAUGAUGUGGUGCAGCUUGAAUUACCCGUUACAGAGGCUCAGCAACUGUUAUCUGCUUGUGUAGAGAAGGUAGAUGUUUCUAGUACAGAGGGAUAUGAUUUAUUCAUUACACAGCUAAAAGAUGGACUAAAAAAUACCUCGCAUGAGACAGCAGCAAAUCACAAAGUUGCAAAGUGGGCAACGGUUACGUUUCAUCUUCCUCAUCAUGUAUUGAAGUCUGUCGCCAGUGCCAUUGUAAAUGAACUCAAGAAAAUCAAUCAAAAUGUUGCUGCCUUACCUGUAGCCUCCUCUGUGAUGGACAGGUUGUCUUACCUCUUACCUAGUGCACGGCCAGAACUCGGAGUAGGGCCCGGUCGAUCCGUAGACAGGUCAUUGAUGUAUAGCGAAGCUAACAGGCGGGAAACAUUCACCUCGUGGCCUCAUGUAGGGUACAGGUGGGCACAGCCCGACCCUAUGGCUCAAGCUGGCUUCUAUCACCAGCCCGCCUCUUCAGGAGAUGACCGAGCCAUGUGUUUUACGUGUAGUGUGUGUCUGGUUUGUUGGGAGCCUACUGAUGAACCUUGGUCUGAACAUGAGAGACAUUCCCCUAACUGCCCGUUUGUGAAAGGUGAACACACACAGAAUGUACCCUUGUCGGUCACACUUGCAACAAGUCCAGCCCAGUUUCCCUGCACUGACGGCACUGACAGGAUAUCCUGUUUUGGGUCUGGGAGCUGCCCUCAUUUUCUAGCUGCUGCAACAAAACGAGGAAAGAUCUGCAUUUGGGAUGUUUCCAAGCUUAUGAAGGUGCACUUGAAGUUUGAGAUCAAUGCCUAUGAUCCGGCUAUCGUGCAGCAGCUGGUCUUGUCAGGGGAGCAAAGUGCGGGAGUUGACUCGAGGAGGCCAACGUUAGCGUGGCUGGAAGACUCCUCCAGCUGCUCAGAUAUACCCAAAUUGGAAGGAGACAGUGAUGACUUACUGGAGGAUUCGGACAGUGAAGAGCACUCGAGAUCAGAAUCAGUGACAGGGCAUACGUCCCAGAAGGAAGCCAUGGAGGUGAGCCUGGAUAUAACAUCCCUGAGCAUCCUCCAGCAGCCCGAGAAACUUCAGUGGGAGAUUGUGGCCAAUGUCCUUGAAGAUACGGUUAAGGAUCUCGAAGAACUAGGGGCAAACCCCUGUUUAGCCAACUGUAAGAGCGAAAAGCCGAAGGAGAAGCACCUGGAACAACCCACCAUUCCCUUUCCCUGCUUGUUAGCUGGAGGUCUGUUGACUUACAAAUCUCCCGCCACCUCCCCCAUCAGCAGUAACUCUCAGAGGUCGCUGGAUGGCUUAAGUCGGACGCGGGGCGAAAGCGUAUCGGAGCAAGGGUCAACCGACAACGAGUCCUGCACUAAUUCCGAACUGAACUCCCCUCUGGUGAGGAGGACUUUGCCCAUCUUGCUCCUGUACAGCAUCAAGGAGUCCGACGAAAAGGCGGGGAAGAUCUUCUCGCAGAUGAACAACAUCAUGAGCAAAAGUUUACACGACGACGGUUUCACGGUGCCGCAGAUCAUCGAGAUGGAGCUGGACAGCCAGGAGCAGCUGCUGUUGCAGGACCCCCCCGUGACGUACAUCCAGCAGUUCGCCGACGCGGCGGCCAGCCUCGCCUCUCCGGACUCCGACAAGUGGAAUGCCGUGUUUCCCAAGCCCGGGACCCUGGUUCAGUGUUUGCGGUUGCCAAAGUUCGCGGAGGAGGAGAACCUCUGCGUUGACUCCAUCACCCCGUGCGCGGACGGAGUUCACUUGCUGGUGGGGCUGCGGACUUGCCCCGUCGAGUCCCUGAGUGCAAUAAAUCAAGUGGAGGCCUUGAAUAAUUUAAACAAAUUAAACUCGGCGCUGUGCAACCGAAGGAAGGGCGAGCUGGAGCCCAGUAUGGCGGUGGCCAACGGCACGGGGAUCGACGUGAUCCAGCACGAAUCUCCUGCGGACGCGCAGACCCCUUUAAUCAUUCAGCCCGAGCAGAGGAGCGUGAGCGGCGGCUAUCUCGUGCUGUACAAAAUGAACUACGCCACCCGGAUCGUCACCCUGGAGGAGGAGCCCAUCAAGAUCCAGCAUAUCAAAGAUCCCCAGGACACAAUUACCUCGCUCAUUUUGCUCCCGCCGGAUAUAUUGGAUAACCGAGAGGACGACUGUGAGGAGCCCACCGAGGAGAUGCAGCUGAUGGCUAAGAACGGCAGCGAGCGGGAGAAAAAAUCGCUCUCGACUCUUGGACACCUGGUGAUCACUACUCAGGGAGGCUACGUAAAAAUCUUAGACCUUUCGAACUUCGACAUUUUGGCCAAAGUGGAGCCUCCGAAAAAGGAGGGCACUGAAGAGCAGGACACGUUCGUGUCUGUGAUCUACUGCUCGGGCACGGACAGGCUGUGCGCGUGCACCAAAGGCGGAGAGCUUCAUUUUCUCCAAAUUGGCGGCACCUGCGAUGACAUCGACGAAGCUGAUAUUCUUGUGGAUGGAUCCCUGUCUAAAGGGGUUGAACAGUCAUCAGAAGGCAUCAAACCCAUAUCUAACCCUUCGAGCCCUGGAAUUUCAGGAGUCGAUCUUUUGGUGGACCAACCGUUCUCCCUGGAAACCCUGACGUCCUUAGUGGAGCUCACCCGCUUCGAGACGUUAACCCCCCGCUUCUCGGCUACCGUCCCGCCGUGCUGGGUGGAAGUCCAGCAGGAGCAGCAGCAGCGGCGACACCCCCAGCACCUGCACCAACAACACCACGGGGACGCGGCCCAGCACACCCGAACAUGGAAGCUGCAGACCGAUGGCAACAGCUGGGACGAACAUGUCUUUGAGUUGGUUUUGCCCAAAGCCUGUAUGGUCGGGCAUGUCGACUUCAAAUUUGUUUUGAAUUCCAACAUCACAAAUAUUCCACAGAUACAAGUGACUCUACUGAAGAAUAAAGCUCCAGGCCUAGGGAAGGUCAACGAAGCAGCCGUUGAUAGACAGAUUACAUUUCCUCUGUCUCCAGCCCUUAAUAUUGAAGUGGAACAAAAUGGAAAGCCAGUUCUUGUUGAUUUGAAUGAAGAGAUGCAGAACAUGGAUGUAGAAGAAUCACAGUGUCUGAGAUUGUGCCCAUUUUUAGAAGACCAUAAGGAAGAUAUCUUAUGUGGUCCAGUUUGGCUGGCUAGUGGCCUUGAUCUAUCGGGACACGCUGGGAUGUUGACAUUAACGAGUCCUAAACUUGUUAAAGGAAUGGCGGGAGGCAAAUACCGUUCAUUUUUAAUCCACGUCAAAGCCUUGAAUGAGAGAGGAGCAGAAGAUAUCUGUAACGGCGGCAUCCGUCCCGUCGUUAGAAUUCCAUCUCUGAAACCGCAGAGUAGCAAGGGACAUUCUCUGGCUUCAUUACUGGCAAAAGUUGCAGCAGGAAAGGAAAAGUCAUCUGCAAGUAAAAGUGAAACCAGUAGUUCUUCCCGAAAAUCCGAAAAUCUCCGCGGCUGUGAUUUACUUCAAGAAGUUUCGGUUACUAUUCGGAGAUUCAAGAAAACGGCAAUUUCUAAGGAACGAGUUCAGCGUUGUGCCAUGUUGCAGUUUUCAGAAUUCCACGAGAAGCUCCUUAACACACUCUGCAGAAAGGCGGAUGAUGGUCUGACUACGGAACACGCUCAGAGCCUUGUGUUGGAUACCUUGUGUUGGUUGGCUGGAGUACAUUCCAAUGGACCUGGAAGCUCAAAGGAAGGAAAUGAGAGUUUGCUCUCCAAAACCCGUAAAUGCCUCCCAGAUAUCGUACGGGUGUGCUUCUUUGAGGCAGGACGAAGCAUAGCCCACAAAUGUGCACGGUUCUUGGCAUUAUGCAUAAGCAAUGGAAAAUGUGAUCCAAAUCAACAGGGAUUUGGGUCCGUCCUGUUGAAGGCUCUGCUGGACAAUAUAUCCUACUUACCUGCAGCUGCCACCGGCGGGUCCGUGUAUUGGUAUUUUGUCUUGCUGAACUAUGUUAAAGAUGAAGAUUUGGCUGGGUGCAGUACGGCUUGUGCCUCUUUGCUCACUGCUGUCUCUAGGCAGCUGCAGGACAGGCUGACACCCAUGGAAGCCUUACUUCAAACAAGGUAUGGACUAUACAGCUCUCCAUUUGACCCCGUUCUGUUUGAUUUGGAGAUGAGCGGCUCCUCCUGUAAGAACGUGUACAACAGCAGCAUUGGCGUCCAGUCGGAUGAAAUUGACUUUUCAGAUGUUUUGUCAGGGAAUGGAAAGGUUAGUAGUUGUGCUGCUGCUGAGGGGAGUUUUACUUCUCUCACUGGACUCCUCGAAGUUGAACCUCUGCACUUUACCUGUGUUUCAACUAGUGAUGGGACCAGAAUAGAAAGGGACGAUGCAAUGAGUACCUUUGGGGUUACCCCUGCAGUAGGUGGCCUUUCAUCUGGGACAGUUGGGGAAGCCUCGACCGCACUGAGUUCGGCAGCCCAGGUAGCUUUGCAGUCUCUCUCUCAUGCAAUGGCUUCAGCCGAGCAACAGCUGCAGGUGCUGCAAGAGAAACAGCAGCAGCUUUUGAAGCUUCAGCAACAGAAAGCCAAGCUGGAAGCCAAGCUGCACCAGACCACUGCCGCCGCCGCCGCCGCCUCGGCAGUCGGGCCCGUCCACAACUCCGUCCCCGCCAACCCCGUGGCGGCCCCGGGCUUUUUCAUUCACCCGUCCGACGUCAUCCCACCCACCCCCAAAACGACGCCCCUCUUCAUGACCCCGCCUCUGACCCCACCCAACGAGGCCGUCUCGGUGGUUAUCAAUGCCGAACUCGCACAGCUGUUCCCGGGUUCGGUCGUCGAUCCCCCGGCGGUCAACCUUGCCGUGCACAACAAGAAUGCGAACAAGUCUAGAACGAAUCCACUCGGUUCUGGCCUUGCCCUUGCAAUUUCUCACGCAUCCCAUUUCCUUCAGCCACCGCCUCACCAGUCUAUUAUUAUAGAGCGAAUGCAUUCAGGAGCAAGGAGAUUUGUGACCUUAGAUUUUGGCAGACCUGUACUGUUGACAGAUGUAUUGAUCCCCACUUGUGGAGACUUGGCCUCCUUAUCAAUUGACAUUUGGACAUUAGGAGAAGAGGUGGAUGGAAGGCGAUUGGUAGUGGCUACUGAUAUUAGCACCCAUUCGCUCAUUCUUCACGACUUAAUACCACCUCCUGUUUGCAGGUUCAUGAAGAUCACCGUCAUCGGCCGUUACGGGAGCACCAACGCCAGGGCCAAAAUUCCGUUAGGUUUUUACUAUGGGCACACCUACAUCCUGCCCUGGGAGAGCGAACUGAAGUUAAUGCACGAUCCCCUGAGAGGAGAAGGCGAAUCUGCCAGCCAGCCUGAAGUGGACCAGCACUUAGCCAUGAUGGUUGCCCUGCAGGAGGACAUUCAGUGCAGGUACAAUUUAGCCUGUCACCGACUCGAAACCCUUUUACAAAGUAUUGAUCUGCCCCCUCUGAACAGUGCCAAUAAUGCACAGUAUUUUUUGCGGAAGCCAGACAAGGCAGUUGAAGAAGACACUCGAGUUUUUUCUGCCUAUCAGGACUGUAUUCAGCUACAGCUUCAACUUAAUUUGGCUCAUCACGCAGUCCAGCGGCUCAAAGUAGCCCUGGGGGCAAGCAGAAAAGCACUGCACGAACUUCCGGAUCCAAAAGAUUUAAUUCAGAUGUCUUCCACCGAACAACUGCGCACCAUCAUCAGAUAUCUUCUCGACACUUUACUCAGCCUCCUUCAUUCUUCCAAUGGACACUCUGUUCCAGCAGUUUUACAAAGCACAUUUCACGCACAGGCGUGUGAGGAGCUGUUUAAGCACUUAUGUAUUAGUGGAACCCCCAAAAUACGACUUCAUACUGGCCUCCUGCUCGUUCAGUUGUGUGGAGGAGAACGAUGGUGGGGGCAGUUUCUCUCCAAUGUCCUUCAGGAACUGUACAAUUCAGAACAGCUGCUCAUUUUCCCACAAGACAGAGUCUUCAUGUUGCUCUCCUGCAUUGGCCAAAGAUCCCUUAGUAACAGUGGAGUCUUGGAAAGCCUCCUGAACCUCCUGGAUAAUUUACUGUCACCUCUUCAGCCGCACUUACCCAUGCACAGGCGUACGGAAGGAGUGCUGGACAUUCCCAUGAUCAGUUGGGUUGUGAUGCUGGUAUCCCGAUUGCUGGACUAUGUUGCAACUGUGGAGGAUGAAGCAGCGGCUGCUAAGAAACCCUUGAAUGGCAAAGAGAGGGAGAGGUUUCUGACAGGUAAUCAGUGGAGUUUUAUCAACAAUAGCCUGCAUACCCAGAGCCUAAAUCGGUCUUCCAAAGGAAACAGUAGUCUUGAUAGAUUAUACUCCAGAAAGAUCAGGAAGCAGCUCGUACACCAUAAACAGCAACUGAACUUACUAAAAGCAAAGCAGAAGGCUUUGGUGGAGCAGAUGGAAAAAGAGAAAAUACAAAGCAACAAAGGAUCAUCGUACAAACUUUUGGUAGAGCAGGCAAAACUUAAGCAGGCUACUUCAAAGCACUUUAAGGAUUUAAUCCGCUUACGUCGGACUGCAGAGUGGCCUCGUUCUACAUUAGACACCGAAGUCUCAACAACAAAGGAAAGUCCGGAGAUAGAACCUCUUCCAUUUACUCUGGCGCACGAGCGAUGCAUCUCUGUAGUGCAGAAACUUGUUCUGUUUCUUUUGUCUAUGGAUUUUACAUGUCACGCAGAUCUACUGUUGUUUGUCUGCAAGGUUCUCGCUCGAAUCGCAAAUGCCACCAGGCCAACAAUCCACUUGUGUGAGAUUGUGAACGAACCUCAACUGGAAAGACUCUUGUUACUUUUGGUGGGAACAGACUUUAACAGAGGAGACAUCUCUUGGGGAGGGGCCUGGGCUCAAUAUUCUCUCACGUGUAUGCUUCAGGACAUUUUAGCAGGAGAGUUGUUGGCACCAAUCGCUGCAGAGGCGAUGGAGGAAGGUGCAGUGGGAGAAGAAGCAGGAGCCUCUGCCGGAGACUCUGAUGAUGCACUUCACCAAUCGUCAGUUCAGCUGCUGGAAACCAUAGAUGAACCUCUGACCCAUGACAUCUCAGGUGCUCCUCCACUCUCAUCUUUGGAAAAAGAUAAAGAAAUUGACCUUGAGUUGCUACAAGAUCUGAUGGAAGUUGAUAUUGAUCCUUUAGAUAUUGAUUUGGAGAAAGAUCCCCUUGCUGCCAAAGUCUUCAAGCCCAUUAGCAGCACGUGGUAUGAUUACUGGGGAGCUGAUUACGGCACCUAUAAUUACAACCCAUAUAUUGGAGGAAGUCUUGGAAUUCCUGUGGCCAAACCACCCGUGACCACGGAAAAAAAUGGAUCCCAGACUGUGAGUGUGUCAGUGUCUCAAGCUCUUGAUGCCCGCCUAGAAGUCGGACUAGAGCAGCAGGCAGAGCUGAUGCUGAAAAUGAUGUCUACGCUGGAAGCUGAUUCAAUUUUACAGGCUUUAACAAACACAUCGCCCACACUAACCCAAUCGCCCGGUGGAACAGAUGACUCACUGCUAAGGGGACUACCUCCACCCAACCAGACCAGUCAGCUGAUUAUUCAACUCUCCUCCAUCCCAAUGCUGAGCACUUGCUUCAACAAACUCUUUUCCAUGCUGCAGGUCCAUCAUGUUCAGUUGGAAUCCCUUCUACAGUUAUGGCUCACUUUAAGCCUGAAUUCUAGCUCCUCUGGGAGUAAAGAAAGUGGAACGGACAUUUUCUUGUACAAUGCUAAUCGGAUACCUGUCAUUUCGCUAAAUCAAGCAUCAAUAACAAGCUUUCUAACGGUGUUAGCGUGGUAUCCCAAUGCAUUACUCCGGACAUGGUGCCUUGUGCUUCAUAGCCUAACACUCAUGACAAAUAUGCAGCUUAACUCUGGUCCAAGCAGUGCCCUUGUGGCUCAGGAAAGCACCGCUCAUCUGUUGGUUUCAGAUCCUAACCUCAUUCACGUGUUAGUAAAGUUUCUUUCUGGCACUAAUCCUCAUGGAACAAAUCAACACAGCCCACAGGUCGGACCAACAGCCACACAAGCUAUGCAAGAAUUUCUUACCCGAUUACAAGUGCACCUUUCUUCAACUUGUCCUCAGAUGUUCAGUGAAUUUUUGCUCAAGUUAAUUCAUAUACUUUCAACAGAAAGAGGUGCUUUCCAGACCGGCCAGGGACCUCUCGACGCUCAGGUUAAGCUCCUGGAGUUCACGCUGGAGCAGAAUUUUGAAGUCGUUUCCGUGAGCACCAUCUCGGCAGUGAUCGAAUCCAUCACCUUCUUGGUGCACCACUACAUCACGUGCUCCGACAAAGUGAUGUCCCGCAGCGGGUCGGACAGCUCCGUGGGCGCCCGGGCGUGCUUCGGGGGGCUCUUCGCCAACAUCAUCCGGCCCGGCGACGCCAAGGCAGUGUGUGGGGAAAUGACGAGGGAUCAGCUGAUGUUCGACUUGCUGAAGCUGGUGAACAUUUUGGUGCAGCUGCCCCUCUCGGGCGACAGGGAGUACAGUGCUCGGGCGGCAGCGGCCAGCAGCGCCUCCGACAGCGUUUCCGACGAAGAAAAAGUCUCGGGCGGGAAGGACGGGAACGGCGGCGGUUCCGGCAGCCAAGGGUCCACCGCGUAUGUGGCUGACUUGGUGUUGGCCAAUCAGCAAAUUAUGAGUCAGAUUUUGUCCGCGCUGGGCCAGUGUAACAGCAGCGCCAUGGCCAUGAUAAUCGGUGCCAGUGGCCUACAUCUCACCAAGCAUGAAAACUUCCACGGUGGAUUGGAUGCCAUAUCAGUUGGGGAUGGGUUGUUUACCAUACUGACAACCCUCAGUAAAAAAUCAACCUCGGUACAGGUGAUGUUGCAACCAAUCCUAACGUACAUGGCCUGUGGAUAUAUGGGAAGACAAGGCUCACUUGCUACCUGCCAGUUAUCUGAGCCCUUGUUGUGGUUCAUCUUGAGAGUUUUGGACACCAGCGAGGCACUGAAAGCGUUCCAUGAUAUGGGGGGCGUUCAGCUCAUAUGCAACAAUAUGGUGACCAGCACAAGAGCUAUAGUAAAUACGGCGAGAAGUAUGGUAUCAACCAUUAUGAAAUUCCUUGACUCUGGUCCCAGCAAAACUGCCGAUAGCAGUUUGAAGGCAAGGGUCCUGGCAUCUGAACCGGACAAUGCAGAAGGGAUCCAUAAUUUUGCCCCACUAGGUACGAUCACAUCCAGUAGCCCCACGGCCCAACCUGCGGAAGUGCUGUUACAGGCGACUCCACCGCACAGAAGAGCGCGCUCCGCUGCUUGGUCAUACAUCUUUCUACCCGAAGAGGCCUGGUGUGACCUGACGAUCCACCUUCCGGCAGCCGUUCUUCUAAAAGAGAUUCACAUCCAGCCUCACCUCGCCUCCCUAGCAACAUGCCCUUCCUCAGUCUCUGUUGAAAUAAGUGCAGACGGAGUGAAUAUGCUCCCGCUCUCCACUCCCGUCAUCACCAGCGGCCUGACGUACAUAAAAAUCCAGCUGGUCAAAGCCGAAGUGGCCUCUGCAGUCUGUCUUCGGCUUCAUCGCCCUCGAGAUGCUAGCACCUUGGGUCUCUCUCAGAUAAAACUAUUGGGCCUCACGGCAUUUGGAAACACUUCCUCAGCAACGGUUAAUAAUCCAUUUCUGCCAUCUGAAGAUCAAGUGUCCAAAACAAGCAUCGGGUGGCUACGGUUACUCCAUCACUGCCUCACCCACAUGAGUGACUUGGAAAACAUGAUGGCGAGCGCUGCCGCCCCCACGGCGAACCUGCUGCAGACGUGUGCCGCCUUGCUGAUGUCCCCCUACUGUGGCAUGCACUCACCCAACAUCGAGGCGGUGCUUGUCAAAAUCGGCCUGCAGUCCACGCGGAUCGGGCUGAAGUUGAUUGACAUUCUCCUGAGAAACUGUGCGGCGUCCGGCAGCGACCCCACAGAUUUGAAUAGCCCUUUACUUUUUGGAAGACUAAAUGGCUUAUCAUCUGAUUCUACAAUAGACAUACUCUACCAGCUUGGAACAACUCAGGAUUCUGGGACAAAAGACAGAAUUCAGGCCCUCUUGAAGUGGGUCAGUGAUUCCGCAAGAGUCGCUGCUAUGAAAAGGAGUGGUCGGAUGAGUUACAUCUGUCCCAACAACUCAAUAAGAGAGUAUGGUCUUUUGAUGCCAUCUCCCUCUCAUUUGCACUGUGUAGCAGCAAUUUUGUGGCAUAGCUAUGAACUCCUUGUAGAAUAUGACUUACCAGCAUUGCUGAACAGAGAACUCUUUGAGUCGCUUUUUAACUGGUCGAUGUCUCUUCCCUGCAACGUGGUUUUGAAGAAGGCCGUUGACAGCCUGCUGUGUUCAAUGUGCCACAUCCACCCGAACUACUUCUCCCUACUCAUGGGCUGGAUGGGCAUCACCCCUCCCCCCGUGCAGUGUCAGCACAGGCUGUCCAUGACGGACGACAGCAAAAAGCAGGACCUUAGCUCGGCCCUGACGGACGACUCGAAAACCGCUCAAGCGCCCCUUGCACUAACCGAGUCUCACCUGGCCACCCUCGCCGCCUCCUCUCAGUCUCCUGAAGCUAUCAAGCAGCUGUUGGACUCAGGCCUGCCCUCCCUUCUGGUGAGGAGCCUGGCUGGUUUCUGCUGUAGCCACCUUUCCAGCUCAGACUGCGCGGCGCCGCCCUCGGACCCGACCCAGGACCGACUCAGGAGACACCACGGCCCCCAGCACUUUAACAAGAUGCCCGUGACCGCGGACCUGGUGGCGCCCGUUCUCAGGUUUCUGACCGAAGUCGGCCACAGCCACGUCAUGAAGGACUGGCUGGGUGGCUCGGAAGUCAACCCCCUCUGGACCGCGCUUCUGUUUCUCUUGUGCCACUCUGCCGCCGCUCCCGGAGGGCACAACUCGGGGGCCCAGCAGGCCAGCGCGAGGUCUGCUUUGCUCUCUCCGGCGGCCGGAUCGGGGCUGACCACCCAGCAAAGGACCGCCGUCGAGAACGCGACGGUUGCCUUCUUUUUGCAGUGCAUCUCCUGCCAUCCUAACAACCAGCGGCUGAUGGCCCAGGUUCUCUGUGAACUGUUCCAGUCAUCCCCUCAGCGAGGGAACCUCCCGACCUCUGGGAACAUUUCAGGGUUUAUCCGCCGGCUUUUCCUCCAGUUGAUGCUGGAGGAUGAGAAAGUGACCAUGUUCCUUCAGUCUCCAUGUCCACUGUACAAAGGCAGAAUUAAUGCGACCAGCCACGUGAUCCAACAUCCGAUGUACGGAGCAGGGCAUAAGUUCCGCACCCUUCAUUUGCCAAUAUCAACCACCUUAGCGGAAGUCCUGGAUCGAGUCUCAGACACCCCAAGCAUCACAGCUAAGUUAAUUAAUGAGCAAAAAGAUGACAAGGAAAAGAAGAACCAUGAAGAGAAGGAGAAAGUUAAAGCAGAAAAUGGAUUUCAAGACAAUUACAGUGUUGUUGUGGCCUCUGGGUUGAAAUCUCAGUCGAAACGCGCAGUGUCGUCCACCCCACCUCGCCCCCCAUCCAGAAGAGGGAGAGCCAUGGCGGAUAAAGUGGGAAGCUCUUCCUCGGGAGCGGAAUCUUCCAGCAAGACCAUUACUGUCCCAGUAUUUCAUCUGUACCACAAGCUGCUGCCAGGCCAGCCACUGCCCGCUGAGAUGACCCUCGCCCAGCUUUUAACUCUGUUGUAUGACCGGAAGCUCCCUCAAGGAUACCGCUCGAUAGACUUGACUGUUAAGCUGGGGUCCAAAGUGAUCUCAGACCCAAGCUUAUCAAAAACGGAUUCCUUCAAACGACUCCAUACUGAGAAAGAACACAGUGACUUACUUGGGAGCUGUCCAGAAGAUGAUGCGAUCGCUGCAAGUGAGGAGUGUAUGGAAGCGAUGCUAGAUGAAUCUUUUCUCGAAACGUGCCCCAUCCAGUCUCCGUUACAAGUGUUUGCAGGAAUGGGUGGAUUGGCUCUGAUUGCGGAGAGACUGCCUAUGCUUUAUCCAGAUGUCAUUCAGCAAGUCAGCGCUCCGGUAGUUGCAGCCACCACUCAAGAGAAACCGAAAGACAGCGAUCAGUUCGAGUGGGUCACCAUUGAACAAUCGGGAGAACUGGUUUAUGAAGCCCCAGAAGCGAUUGCUGCCGAGCCACCACCAAUCAAGUCAACGGUUCAGACGAUGUCGCCCAUCCCUGCUCAUUCUUUGGCUGCCUUUGGAUUAUUUCUGCGCCUCCCUGGUUAUGCUGAAGUGCUGCUGAAAGAGAGAAAGCAUGCCCAGUGCCUGCUUCGAUUGGUGCUCGGAGUAACCGAUGAUGGAGAGGGAAGUCACAUCCUGCAGUCUCCGUCCGCCAACGUGCUCCCGACUCUCCCUUUCCACGUGCUACGCAGUUUAUUUGGCACCACCCCCUUGACCACCGACGACGGCUUAUUGCUAAGGCGGAUGGCUCUGGAAAUUGGAGCGAUUCAUCUCAUUCUCGCCUGCCUGUCUGCACUGAGCCACCAUGCCCCUCGCGUUCCCAACUCCAACCUGAAUCAGACCGAGCCACAGGUGUCAAGUACGCAUAACAGCGCGUCCACAGAGGAGCAGCAGCUCUACUGGGCCAAAGGCACAGGCUUCGGAACGGGCUCCACAGCUUCGGGAUGGGAUGUGGAGCAAGCCCUAACAAAACAAAGGCUGGAAGAGGAACAUGUGACUUGUCUUCUGCAGGUUCUUGCCAGCUAUAUAAACCCUGCAGGCAGCACAGCUAAUGGAGAAGCCCAGUCUGGUCAUGAGGGGAGAGGGCAAAACUGCAGUGCACUUCCAUCCGUUCUUCUAGAACUCCUUAGCCAAUCCUGCCUCAUCCCAGCAAUGUCCUCUUACCUCCGCAACGAUUCAGUUCUGGAUAUGGCCAGACAUGUCCCGCUGUACAGAGCACUGUUGGAAUUGCUCCGCGCCAUCGCAUCGUGCCCGUCCAUGGUGCCCCUGCUGCUGCCACUUUCAACUGAACACGGUGACGAGGAGGAGGAACAGUCAGAAUCUCAGGCGUCCGUUGGUACUUUAUUAGCCAAAAUGAAGACCUGUGUGGAUACUUACACCAACCGAUUGAGGUCCAAAAAAGAUAAAGCAAAAACAGGAGUGAAACCAGAUGCUUCUGAUCAAGAACCUGAGGGACUUACUCUGUUGGUACCAGAUAUCCAAAAGACGGCUGAGAUUGUUUACAUUGCAACCACCAGUUUGCGCCAAGCAAAUCAAGAAAAGAAAAUGGCCGAAUAUUCCAAGAAGGCUGCUGUGAAACCCAAACCUUUGUCCAUAUUAAGGUCCCUUGAAGAAAAGUAUGUGGCUGUAAUGAAGAAAUUGCAAUUUGACACUUUUGAAAUGGUUUCUGAAGAUGACGACGGAAAACUAGGUUUCAAAGUCAAUUACCACUACAUGUCUCAGGUUAAAAAUGCGAGUGAUGCGAACAGCGCUGCCAGAGCCCGGCGCCUAGCCCAGGAAGCUGUGACCCUUUCCACAUCACUGCCACUGUCGUCGUCUUCCAGCGUCUUUGUCCGCUGCGAUGAAGAGCGACUUGACAUCAUGAAGGUUCUCAUAACCGGCCCGGCAGAUACUCCUUAUGCAAAUGGAUGUUUUGAAUUUGACGUCUAUUUUCCACAAGAUUAUCCAAAUUCGCCCCCCCUUGUCAACCUGGAGACGACCGGCGGGCACAGUGUGCGGUUCAAUCCAAACCUUUACAACGAUGGCAAGGUUUGUUUAAGCAUAUUAAAUACAUGGCACGGAAGACCAGAGGAAAAAUGGAAUCCUCAGACGUCAAGCUUUUUGCAAGUGUUGGUGUCCGUCCAGUCGCUGAUCCUCGUCGCCGAACCCUAUUUCAACGAGCCGGGGUACGAACGGUCGCGGGGGACGCCUAGCGGCACCCAGAGCUCCAGGGAGUACGACGGCAAUAUCCGGCAGGCGACCGUCAAGUGGGCAAUGCUCGAGCAGAUCAGGAACCCUUCUCCAUGCUUCAAGGAGGUGAUUCACAAGCAUUUUUACUUGAAGAGAGUGGAGAUCAUGGCCCAGUGUGAGGAGUGGAUCGCUGACAUCCAGCAGUACAGCAGCGAUAAGCGGGUGGGGAGGACCAUGUCCCACCACGCAGCGGCCCUCAAGCGUCACACCGCUCAGCUCCGAGAAGAGCUGCUGAAGCUGCCGUGCCCGGAGGGCCUGGCCCCGGACUCGGCGGACUCCCCGGAGCCGCGCGGCCCCCCGGCCGGGUCCCCGGACCCGCCGCCGCCGCCGCCGCCCCCCGACCCCGUCCGCCCCGGCGGCAGCAAAGACGGCCCCGGCGACUUCAACCUAUGAGCCGCGUCCCCCCCGUCCCCCGUCCCCGUCCCCUCCGGACACAGAGGCUUUGAAGCACAAGCCAAAUAUGUCGAUAUUUGUACGUAAGAAGCUAACUGCGCACUAGGUAACGGAACGGGAACCCCGCCACGCCCUCCAGGAUAGACGGUCGGCCGCAGAAUGAUCUUUUCUUUACCUGUACGAGAGUGUAAACUUUUCCGUGCUUUUAUUUUUCGAUUGUGAGAACCACUGAUUGGUCACGUUUAAAAAAUGUAUGUACACAAGGAACGGAGAAAUCACUGCUAUAUAAGGGAAACUACCUUAGGGAAGAAUGUUUACUGAAUGUUUAUUAUUAUUUUUUACUAGUCGAGUGAGGGCGGUUGUAACAAAGAAUAUAUAUUGGUCAUUCUUACCGCUACUAUUUAAAGUCAGCAACUUUUCACGGAAUUUGAUAGAUUUUUCUGUUCGGCCAUACCUUCAUGCUCAUGUUUGAUUUCUAAAGAAGACUUCCUGUAUACUUCAAUAAAAGUUCAAUGGAUACGC